AUGCUGUUUCUUGCUCACACCCCCGGCGCCUACACCCCCGGCGCCUACACCCCCUGUGCUCACACCCCCAGUGCUCACACCCCCGGCGCCUACACCCCCGGCGCCUACACCCCCUGUGCUCACACCCCCAGUGCUCACACCCCCAGCGCCUACACCCCCAGCGCCUACACCCCCAGCACCUACACCCCCAGCACCUACACCCACAGCACCUACACCCCCAGCGCCUACACCCCCAGUCGCCUAACCCCAAGCGCCUACACCCCCAGCACCCACACCCCCAGGGCUCACACCCCCAGCGCCUACACCCCCAGCGCCUACACCCCCAGCACCUACACCCCCAGCACCUACACCCCCAGAUUCUACACCCCCAGCACCUACACCCCCAGCGCCUACACCCCCAGAUUCUACACCCCCAGCACCUACACCCCCAGCACCUACACCCCCAGCACCUACACCCCCAGAUUCUACACCCCCAGCACCUACACCCCCAGCACCUACACCCCCAGCGCUCACACCCCCAGAUUCUACACCCCCAGCGCCUACACCCCCAGCGCCUACACCCCCAGCGCCUACACCCCCAGCACCUACACCCCCAGCACCUACACCCCCAGCGCUCACACCCCCAGAUUCUACACCCCCAGCGCCUACACCCUACACCACCUGCAGCCGACAACCCAGCGUGAUAUGCCUUCCAUCGCCCUCUCACACCUCAGUCUCACUCUUAUACGUCUCAAUCUCACACGUCUCACUCUCACACGUCUCACUCUCACACGUCUCACUCUGCAGCUUCCUGAUGAAGACCUUCCGGUUCCCCAGACCGCCGACACUUCCUGUUAG